ACGUCACCGGUUCCGUCCCAACACGGAAACAUGGAAUAGUGGCAAGAACGGUUGCGUUGGUGUUACUAUGGAUUUAAAGCGGUACUGCUAGCUUAGAUCUCAGCGUGUUCGGCAACUGUCAGCACGGCUCCGGGGAUGUGAAACGGCCGGUGUUAAGUUUCUGACCGAUGGACCCCCGCGCUGGAAAUGGAGAGAGAGUUCGACCUCUGUUGUUAGUUCAAUAGCUUCUGUCCCCCGUUUGUUCAGUCAUGAAAGAAAGUCUUUUCGGGGUCAUGGGGGCUCUGGGACGCCUGCUGCUGUCGCUUCUCCUGCUGUCCUGGGACGGGAAACUAUUUCAGGUCGGAGGGGUCAGAUCAGUCACCCUUCCAGAAUCCCUCCUGUUCGUCUCGACACUGGAUGGUAGUCUGCAUGCCGUCUCCAAACAAUCAGGAGACAUCAAGUGGACCCUAAGAGAAGACCCCAUCAUCCAAGUGCCGGUCUACCUCACAGAGCCGGGUUUUCUACCAGACCCCAAUGACGGCAGUUUAUACGUACUGGGUGGCAAGUACAAGGAAGGCCUGAUGAAACUGCCUUUCACCAUCCCAGAGCUGGUUCAGUCAGCUCCUUGCAGGAGCUCUGAUGGUAUACUGUAUACAGGCAAAAAGCAGGAUGUGUGGUUCGUAGUGGAUCCUGAGACAGGGGAGAAGCAAACCAGUUUAACCACCUCCUCCUCUGAAUCCAUCUGCCCCAACACUCCUCUGCUCUACAUAGGACGCACAGAAUAUGUGGUUACCAUGUUUGACACCAAGACACAGGAGCUGCGAUGGAACGCCACGUACAACGAUUACUCUGCUCCCCCUUAUGAUGAGAAACAAGACUACAAAAUGGCCCAUCUUGUGUCGAGUGGUGAUGGACUUGUUGUGACAGUUGACAGAGAGUCAGGUGAUGUCCUGUGGAGUCAGAACUAUGGCUCACCUGUCGUGGGGGUCUACCUGUAUUCUGGUGAGUCGCUACGGCACGCCCCCCACCUGUCCCUUGCCAUGGAAACGCUACGCUUCCUCACCUUCUCCUCUGCCGGCGACCAGGCAGACGCACAUGCCACUUUGAAGUGGAGCUAUCAGUUUGUGAAGGAGCAAGCCAGCGCACAAACACAACUUGUACCGACUCUCUAUGUUGGAAAACUGGACUCUCACCUCUAUGCCUCGACUUCCCUUGUCCACCAUGGAGUCUCUCUAGUGCCUCGGGGUCUGACCCUGGCUCGGAUCGAAGGUCCUCUGACGGCUGGAGUGACGGUCAGAGAGCGAGGGGAGUGUGAGAUUACACCGUCCACUGAUGUGCGCUAUCCACCAGGAAGCACAAACAGCCGGAAAAACCACUGGCUGCUAAUAGGCCAUCAUGAGCUCCCUCCAUUAGCCCACACCACCAUGCUGAGGGAUUUCCCAGUCACCCUGCAGCGUUCUGGUGAGGCCGUCAUCCCUCCCCGUCAACCUGGCUCCUCUGCCUCCCCUGUCUCCCCGGCCUCCCACUACCACCAGAGAUAUUUCCAGACGGUUGCUGGUAGUCAUAGCGACACUAAUGCUAACAGAGGAGGGGUGGAUGGGGGGACCUCAGGACAGGCUCAGAGGCCGAGCACCGUGCUGCCGGUCUACAUGACUCAGGACCGCCUGACUCUGGCUGUUCUGACGCUGCUGCUGGGAGGAUGGCUGGCCUUCGUGCUCACGUACCCCGUUCGCGCAGCCCAGCAGCUGAAAGCUCAAAGGCAAAUGGAGGAGGCUUUUGAGUCUCGUCUCCAGCGCAUGCAGACCGACAUGCAGACAAACGUUCAGACAGUGACCUUGGUUUCUUCAGACACAACCCUUUCUACUGACACAAACCUCUCCCGUGGCUCUGCGCCUGCAUCCGCUGACCCUCCACCUAGUCCUCACACUAACAGUAGUAGCACCUCAGACGCUGAUAAAAAUGGCACAACUGCGCAAAAACCCACAGCAGAAGGAAACAGUGAGGAGGUGCAGGUGGGCAAAAUCUCCUUCACUCCAUCCGAGGUCCUUGGCCACGGCACAGCGGGAACGUUUGUAUUCAGGGGUAAAUUCGACGGACGGCAUGUGGCGGUGAAGCGAAUCCUGCCGGAGUGUUUUGAGGUGGCAGAGAGAGAGGUGCAGCUCCUCCGAGAGUCUGACACGCACCCGAAUGUCAUCCGAUACUUCUGCACAGAGAGAGACCGCCUCUUCACAUACAUCGCCAUCGAGCUGUGCGCUGCAACCCUGCAACAGUAUGUGGAGGAUCCAUCUUGCUUUCCUGAGUUGAAUCCUAUAACUCUGAUGGAACAGACCAUGUGUGGCCUUUCACACCUCCACUCACUCAACAUAGUCCAUCGUGACCUGAAGCCUAGAAACAUCCUCCUUUCUGGCCCCAGCGUGCUGGGUCGGGUCCGAGCUCUCAUCUCUGACUUUGGGCUCUGUAAGAAGAUUCCAGACGGUCGGAGCAGCUUUUCUUUGCGGUCGGGAAUACCAGGGACUGAAGGAUGGAUAGCACCUGAAGUACUGCGGGAUACGCCUGGAAAUAAACCGACAGCUGCCGUGGACGUGUUCUCAGCCGGCUGUGUGUUUUACUACGUGGUCAGCAGGGGGCAGCACCCUUUUGGCGAUGCGCUGAGACGGCAGGUCAACAUCCUGUCAGGAGAGUAUUCACUCUCACAUUUUAUGGCGGAUAUACACGAUGACGUCAUAGCGCAGGAUCUGAUUGAGCAAAUGAUCAGUGCUGAGGCCGAGUCACGCCCCUCCACCGCCUGCGUGCUCAAACAUCCGUUCUUCUGGAGCCCGGAGAAGCAGCUGCUCUUUUUCCAGGAUGUGAGUGACCGCAUAGAGAAGGAACCAGCAGACAGUCCGAUCGUGGUCAGACUGGAAACUGCAGGGAGAGUUGUGGUCCGAAUCAACUGGAGGAUGCAUAUCUCUGUGCCUCUACAGACAGACUUGCGGCGAUUCAGGACAUAUAAAGGAAACUCGGUCCGAGAUCUGCUGAGAGCCAUGAGGAAUAAGAAACAUCACUACCACGAGUUGCCUCCGGAGGUGCAGGAGACUCUCGGCGAGCUCCCCGAAGGCUUCGUCAGCUACUUCACCUCACGGUUUCCGCGGUUGCUGAUGCACACACAUGCUGCGCUGCACAUCUGCGCCCACGAGAGACUGUUUCACCCCUACUACCUGCCCCCCGGCGCCAAAUAACUCUCACAUGACUCCAUGCACUCCGUAUUCUUUAUACAUUUACACACACAUACACUGGUGUAUCUUUUGGUGAGCAAAGGAAAACCCUGACAGUGCCCUGUUAUUGCUUUUGUAAAGCCCAUACUGUUUUGGGGGGAAGUUACUGUGCUGUGAAAAAGUUUUUUUAUAUGUCUUGAUUUGUUUUAUAGAUUCAUUUUAUUUUUCUGCUGCUAUUGCUAAAGAAAUCAUUUGAAAAAACAAAUUAGAAAGCACUCAGAAUGCAUAUCUCCAGAAAGGCUGCACACAUUUGUUAUAUUAAUAAUAGAACAUGUUUUUAAACUAUAUCUUAAUAUGUUACUCCCUCAGAAUACACAUAACGAAUCAUGAGAUGCAGGUGCCAGAUAUUUUUUAUUCAAUGAAAUUCAAUAGUUCAGCAAUGUGUUUAUUCCCAAAACAAAUUCAGGAGAGAGGCUUUUGGUGAAUUUUGUAAAAUUCACCAAAAGCUCAAUUUUGAGAUAUCCUGAUAAAAGACAAACAAACAAACAGGACAAAUGGGAAACCAGCUUCUUUUAAAGAGGGUAAUUAUUUUAAAGAAUUUUUUAAAAUUAUUUCUUUGGCAUUUCUGACACUACUGGAUAGUUCAUAUUACAGAGUCACAUAGGAAACAAGGGUGAGAGAGGGGUAUGACAUGCAGCAAACAUCUACACCAUGACGUUUACCUGAAACCUAUAUAAUGCUUAUCACAUAUAUCACUAUAUCGCAUUUUAUUAAGCAAACAUCGCUCAUUUGAUGAGGAUAUUCGUUUGAAAUAAAUGACAAACAUUCUGUGCACAUCAAGUGUCACAACUAAUGCUGCUCGAGUCUCACCUUCAGAUUGUAGCUACAGGCUUUAGCUUUCAAAGACAUAGGAAUUCUGCCUUUGGAACCAAUAAGAGCCCCCAAUAACAGAUUUAAAUGGAACCUCGUUGGAUUUUAGCUUGCUGAACCAAUUCAGUUUACUAAAAUAUGAGCCUGUUGUGGAAGGUGACGAUCACUUCUGAGCGGCUUUCGGCGCCCGGAUUAAAUAGCACAGCAACCUGUAAGCGAGAUGCACACGCUAUGGGUAGCACAGACCCCGGACAACAGGUUUCGUUCAAAAUGGAGCCUGUGUUGCUGUUACAAGCAAAGUGUUACAAAGCUGCAUGUCAUGGAAGAAAUCUCCAUUAUCCAUUGGACCAGCUCCUGAAACGGUUUACUUUCCCCUUGUCGGUGUUCCUGCUGCGCUCCCCCCCCCCCCCCACGUGGAAGAAAGUGCCAAACACUCCACAAUAUUUGCUUUGCUAUUUCUUUUUAUGUAUUUGAUGUAUGUGUGUGUGCGCGUCCGUUACCGCAUUGCUGAAGGUGGCUACGUUCACUGAACAGUGUACUCAGCUGUUGAGUGUGUUGGGUUUUUUUUUUUUUUACACUGAAGGCAGUACAACUAUCACUGGCACUGUUAAGAUGUUGGCAUUGUACAUAUGCUGUGAAAAAUCUUUAAAAAAAAAAAAAAAAAGAAAAAAAAAAUCUAUCACCAGUGUGUCUGGUCAAUAAUGCAAAAAUGGCAACUACAUCUCCCAUCUCAUUUUAAUUUACAGACAUGUAUGAGCAAUUUUGUGCUGUUUACUCCUUUUUUAACUGAAAUGCAGUAUGUUUCAUCGGAUCACCGCUCCUGAACGUCAGCAUUGCGCGAGCCUUUAAGCCUACAAAGCCUCGCAAAAUGCUACUAAAUGCACGUGACCCCCCCCCCCCAACUACUGGGUGACGGUUUGUUUAUAGUGCUGCAGUAGAAUGAAUGAUGAGGAAUCAAACUUUUGUACUUUUUCUUUGAAUGAGUGGAUUAAAUUGAUGCUUUGGGUGUGCCAAAGAAUGACGUAAAUCAAGACUCGUGUUGAGUUUGUAAACGGACAGAGAAAAGCAGACUGUAAGAUCAGUUCGUAUUUGUGGUCUUAAAUAUCAACACUUCCAUUACGGCCAAGUUGGUGUUCAGUGAAAAAAGAAAACUGUCACAAAUAAUUAUUCUGUUGUCUUCAUUAUUACAGCGUGGUAAUCAAUUAGUCGUCAACGUUGCAUAUGAGACUACAGGAAAGGUAAAACUUACCUUUAAAAAUCCUGUCUUAAAGACCCUGAAAACAUGUUUUCAAGCAGCUUUCUUGCUAUGAGCGAUGUGGUCUUGCACGAACGCACUAUUUUCUGCCAAAGUCAGCACAGUUUUGGUUAUUUCACAUGACGGAUUUGUGUAUUUGUGUUUUUGUCCGUGGAUUAAGCAACAUUUGAA